AUGGGGACGCGUUUCCCCUCCGCCGCCGCUUCCCUCGUCGCGCUGUGGGUUUUGGGCGCGCUGGUCGGCCACCGGGCCGCAGCGGCGGAGCCCGUCCGCGUCGGCGUCAUACUCGACCUGGCGUCCGUCGCCGGCAGGAGGUGGCGGACCAGCAUCCGGAUGGCGGUGGAGGACUACUACGCCGUGCACGCCAACUCCACCACGAGGGUCGAGCUCCGUUUCAGGGACUCCUCCGGCGAUGCCGUUGCCGCCGUUUCCGCCGCGGUGGACCUGAUCAAGAACGCGCAGGUGCAGGCCAUCAUCCACGGGGCGCAGACGGCCGCGGAGGCCGAGUUCGUGGCCCACAUUGGCGGCCGCGCCCACGUCCCCGUCCUCUCCUUCUCCGCCGUCCCCGCGGCGCCGACGCCGUUCUCCGUGCGCGCCUCGGCCGACGACGACUCCUCGCAGGCCGCUCCCGUCGCCGGCGUCCUGGGAAACUUCCGGUGGCGCGCGGCGGUCCUGCUGCACGAGGACUCGCCCUCCGGCGCCGCCAUCGCCCCCGCUCUCGCGGACGCGCUCCGGGGCGUCGGCGCCAGCGUGGCGCACCGCGCCGCGGUGCCGGCCGGCGCGUCCGACGACCGUCUCGACGCCGUGCUCUACCGCGUGUCGGCGGCGACGACGACGCGCGUGUUCGUCGUGCACAUGUCCCUUACCCUGGCCCUGAGGCUGUUCCGCAGGGCCGUGACCGCCGGCAUGAUGUCCGAAGGCUACGUCUGGAUCGCCACGGCCGCCGUGGGCGAAGCGGACGCGCUGAGCCCCGAGGACAUCGACGCGAUGCGGGGCGUUGUCGCCGUCCGGCGUUACGCGCCGCCGACGAGGCAGGCCGCUGACUUCGCCAAACGGUUCACGGCGAGGCUGCAGCGGGACAACGAUGGCGCUCGAGAUAUCCCGGUCCCGACCGUGUCGACGCUCCGGGCCUACGACGCGGCAUGGGCAGCCGCUGCCGCUGCCGCCGUCGAGGAGGCCGGGAUCUCCGGCUCGGCUUUCGAACCGCCGGAAGGGAGCACGGGUCCGACGGAACUGGACCAGCUCGGCGUGUCGGCCACCGGCGAAAAAUUGCUCAAGGCUCUGCGUGACACGGCGUUCGACGGGCUGGCCGGGAAGUUCAGGGUGUUGGACGGGAAGCUGCAAGCGCCGGCUUACGAGAUCGUCAACUUCGCCGCAGAAGGCCCCAGGACGGUGGGGUUGUGGACAAGGAAAUCUGGGAUCUCACCGGAGCUCGACAACGACGGCAGCGGCGAAGGUUUGAAGGAUGUCGUUUUCCCGGGCUUGGAACAGUCAGACAUUCGAGUUCCGAAAGGGUGGGCAUUCUCGCCGGCCGGGCAAGAGCUCGUCAUCGCCGUGCCGGUGAAGCAUGGGUUCUGGGAGUUCGUGCAGGUGUACAACGACACGACGACCAAUAGGACGGUGAUCUCAGGCUACUGCAUCGAUGUGUUCGACGCGGCCAUCAAGGCACUGCCGUAUCCGGUCUACUACCGGUACGAGCCAUUCUACGGCAUUGGCGGUGGCAACUCGGGUUCUUACGAGCAACUGGUUGACCUUGUUCCCGGACAGAAAGCUGAUGCCGUCGUCGGCGACGUGGCCAUCACCGGGAGCAGGAUGGCCGAGGUGGACUUCACGAUGCCGUUCACCGAGUCCGGGUGGUCGAUGGUGGUGGCGGUGCAGUCGCAGACGGCCACGGGCAUGUUCUUCUUCCUGAAGCCUCUCACCCCCGCCCUCUGGCUCGCCAGCCUCGCCGCCUUCAUCUUCACCGGCUUCGUCAUCUGGGUGAUAGAGCACCGGAUCAACCCCGAGUUCCGCGGCACGCCGCUGCAGCAGUUCGGCAUCAUCUUCCACUUCGCCUUCUCCACCCUCGUCUUCGCACACAGGGAGAAUGUGGAGAGCAACCUGUCAAAGUUCUUGAUGGUGAUAUGGGUGUUCGCCGUCCUGAUCCUGACGUCGAGCUACACGGCCAGCUUGACAUCGAUGCUGACGGUCCAGAAGCUCAAUCCAUCGGUGACGGACGUCAACUAUCUCAUCAACAACGGCGACUACGUCGGCUACCAGGAGGGUUCCUUCGUCGCCGGCGAGCUCCUGAAGAUGAACUUCGACCAGAGCAAGCUGAGGAGCUACAGGACGCCGGCCGAGUACGCCGACGCGCUGUCCAGAGGCUCCGACAAUGGCGGGGUCGCCGCGGUGUUCGACGAGGUCCCCUACCUCAAGAUCUUCCUGUCGCAGUACUGCGACGGCUACACCAUGGCGGGACCCGUCUACAAGGGCACCGGCUUCGGCUUCGUGUUCCCGAAAGGAUCCCCCAUGGCGCCGGAGGUGUCGCGCGCCAUCGUGGGGCUGACGGAAGGGUACGACAUGGGGCUGAUCGAGAGGAAAUGGUUCGGCGCGCCGGGGGCCUGCGGCGGCGACGGCGUGGACGCGUCCACCGCCAGCCUCACCCUGUGGAACUUCAGCGGGCUGUUCCUCAUCACCGCGGUGGCGUCGUCGAUAGUGCUCAUCGUCUACCUCGCCACCUUCGUCUACCGGGAGCGGCACGAGCUCCGGGCGGCGGAGCCCGGCUCCGGGAGCGUGUCGCUGAAGCGGUUCCGCGCGUGGCUGCAGCACUACGACCGCAAGGACAUGACGGCGCCCCACUUCAAGCAGCAGUUCUGGAGCGACUCGUCGCCGUCGACGAACGGGAGCAGCCAUGGGAAGAAGAGGGAGAGAGCAGAGCAGGAGGAAGCCACGGCCAUGCGCGAUUUCGGCGGCCCGGGAGCGUCUUCCCUCAGCGACCACUCACGCAUGGACUCGGCUUCGCCGCUGGAGCGGAAGGGGUCGGGUGAGUUGAGGACACCGUUCGAGCAGAGGAUUGGGGAGGGAGCCACGGAGAAACGCGCGUCUACACCGGAGCGCAAGCCGUCGCUCAAGGUCCCGCAGAACACCGAGGGAAGGAAGAAGCUGCCGUUAUCCCCGUGA